UUUCUGUUGGAAUUUCUCCUUCCUCAAGUCCAGGAAGGACACAUAAAAGAAAAAAAGAAAAAGCAGUAGAUGAGCAGAGAAGGAUGUUGGGGAUUAAUUCCUCAAUAUCAUCGUUCCGCCCACAAAUCCCAUCUUUCUUCUUCGUCUUCCGAAUCUCAAAACCCAAUCUCCCUCUUCUUCAGCCUCGCACUAAUCUCCAUCCCGUUCGAACCCUGAAUUUCAGAAUCAGAAGGAACCCCAGACCGACGUUUCUUGGCUUUGCUGGAAAUGCCAACAACAAUGGCGGCGGGGAAGAGAACCUGAGGAAGGACCCCAAAGGCAAUACUGGGUCCAAUGGAGCUGGCGAUGGGGAUUCGAAGAACGGUCGUCGGCCCAUAUUCAAUCUGAAACUCGGGGAUCUACUGGACCCGGACCCCGACAACGUUGUCGCCGUGGGGUUGACGUGCGUGCUGACGUGGGCCAGCGUUCAGGUCCUGUCGCAGCUCUUCUUGAUCUCUGCGGCCAUCCUCGUGGCCGCCCUCAAGUAUUCCUUCAUUGCUGCUCUCUUGCUUUUCAUCCUCAUUGCCCUUCUCUGAGCUGAACUGAGCUGCCUAUCAAUUUUGUAUAUUGAAUGCCAGACAGUUUUAGACUGUACCAUUGGAAAUUGGAAUGAUAUUGAAUGGCAAUUUACAUUGGAAUUGUGAUGUGAUGUUACUGCACCCAAUAUCUGCCAUCUCCUUCAGCCGUUUUCAGAUCGUCCCCACUGUUUCCACGCCUCAAAAAAUGACCCCUUCGCGUUGGAACCGGACGACUUCCGAUCGAAUUCUAGAGUUAAUUAGGAUGUUGAACUCAGCUUUUAAAUGUAGCCUGUUGGCAGAGUGCCAAACUGAACAGACAACAUGAGCCUCGCCCACUCUGACGACUCAAAGAAACAAGGAGCAGCAUCCGGCCUAGCGGAUUCUUUCCAGUCCACGGCUCCAGUACCAAGCCUCCAACCUCUGCUGGAAUGAGUGAAAUAGGUCGUGGAUGAUAGUAACACUGAAGUAAACGACUCGUUCCUGAAGCGCAGGCUUGCAGUUGCAGAUGUUAAUGAAGAAGCAGCAGACCGUGAGCUGCAGCAGCUCGAGUUUGUCUGCCUAUUUUCGGAGGGAAAGAGCUGACGAGAGAGAGACCCUGACUGAUCGACGUGCUGUGAGGAGAGCAUUUUCCAUGGGGUGGAUGGCCCCUGCCUCGGAAAGGUAUUGCCGAAUUGUUCACAGUCCAGAUCCCAGCUCCGAACACGAGAAUCUGAUCGGUUCACAUCAGCCGAGUAAGAAGCGGGCUAGCAGUUUCUUUGAAACUUGCCGUAGUGUCUUCAGAUUCUCCUCAUAAUAAUCUGUCCCAAGGUUCUGCAGAUCGAUCGCUUGAACUGACGUGUGUGUGUGUGUAUCCACAUAUCUUUGUAAUUGUUUAUAUGUACUGGACCAUUGUUUCAUCCAAUCGGAAUAAGAUGCUCGGAAACGUUGAGAUUUUAGCCA